AACGUGAACGUGAAAAAGGGUUUCCUCGCCCUCGUAAAUCUGUUUCCUUCAGUUUCUUCGACUAGCAUGAUGUGGAAAGUAUUCCGGGAAGCGCGGCUUAUCUGCGGUCUAGUGCGGGCCAACACAGUUACCGGCGUUCCGGCUGCGACACGCCUGUUUUGCUCGGCCGGUACCGGUGGCGGGGAACCUUUCCUAGCGUACGAAAAAGAUCCCGGUCCCGCAUUUAUGCGUGAAGAUGUGCAACAGCUGCUGAAAUCACUCACGCGGCUAGAACUCGACAAAGUUUUCCGCAAACGCUCGGUCAAAGACAACACGGUCGAGUACCGGUUCAUGACCGACGAUCAGCUGCGCCAGGAGCUGGUGCAAUCGAUAAACCGUGCCCAACAGAUGCUACAGAUGCCACCGGUCGUGCAGGCACAGGAGGACACCUGCCGGAUAGUGUCGAAAGAUGCGGCCCUCAAGGAGCUCUCCCCAGCCAAGUUCGUAUUCACGGACAUUACGUACGGAUUGAAGAACAAUCAGCGAUCGAUAGUGGUUCGGCACCCGGAUGGCACACUACAGGAGGCACCUUACGAGAUGCGAAAACGAUUGAACCAGAUCUACUUUCCACUGAACGGUCGAUCCAUCCACACACCGCCCAUGUUCCAGGAUCCAUACCUUCAGCAGCUGCUCGAGUCGGGUCGGUAUGAGUUCGUGCUGGACCGGGCCUGCGUCCAGUACGAACCGUACGAGCAGGAGUACCACCAUCUGACGGCUCGCGUGUACCAUCACGUGAACGAAAGCCGAGCCUUCGAUGCGCUCCGUUCCACCCGCCACUUUGGUCCGUUCGUGUUUUUCCUGGCCUGGCAUAAGCUCAUCGACGAUUUGCUGCUCGACAUGCUCAAGAAGGACUAUUUGCGGAACGGUGUUGAGCUGAUUGCUCUCCUUUCGACGUUGCAUGGCAACGAACAGCAGCUUUCGGUGGACGCUGAGGUGAAGGCGCUUGUCCUGGAGCCGGAGAUGCCUGCUUUGUUCGAGACGCAGGAAAAGUCCAUCGAGCAGCUGGAACAGGACCAACAGUUCCUCGCCGUCAUUGAGCGGUACGUGAGUGCAUACGGUACGAAGAAGGUGCAGCUAAAUCUCGCGAUCCAAGCCUACCGUGAACUGGCGAACGAUAAGCUUGAGCUGGCACGUGGCAUCAAGCGAAUGCACGGUGAAAGUUGAAAAUACGGGCGGAACGAAGGCGGAAACGAAAUGUAGUAAAUAGGUAAACGCAUAAUGUGUGUGUAUCGCCA